AUGGAGUCGAACCAUAAGCACAGAGGGUUCAAGAAAGCAAAGCUGGUUAUGUCUUUCUAUAGAGCAGCCAAAGCCGCUUCCUCAUCCAAAGUGAAGCCCACCCCUGAUCCAUUUAAUUCUUUCAAUGCCAAUGGAAUUGGAGAGGAGCAUACUGCUUUCAUACUGAAGAAGCAGGACAAAGUUUUUCCUCAACAGCAAAAGGUUACGUUUGUUGUACCCGAUGAUUCAUAUGCCAAGUUUGAUGGUAUAGCAGCAGAUGAGGCUGUUGAUGCAAAGGCUGCAAGCUAUAUCUCUAGUGUUCAAGCGAGGUUCAGGCUUCAACAAAUGCAGCCGUAG